GGUAGAAACUGCAUCAGACAGCCUCAUUUGCUCCAGCACCUUCAUCCGUUUAGGCAAAAUGAAAAUCUUUGUGUUACUUCCAGUGGUGCUGGCCAUCUUUGGGACACAAUCUCAUGGAUAUGAGGUUUAUAACAUCAUCAGCCAAGUCAACAACGGUGGCAGUGUUCAGGAGACAGUGACAAUUGACAGUGAAAAAGAAGUCGCCACCAUCAACAUCCACGCAGGAUCGUGCUCCUCUACCACAAUUUUUGACUAUAAACAUGGCUACAUUGCAUCCAGGUUGCUCUCCCGAAGAGCCUGCUACAUCCUGAAGAUGAACCGUCAAACCACCCCUUCUCUGGAGCAGCUCAAACAGUCCAUCUAUGAGACGAAGGCUCUGAACAACAUAUUUUCCAACAAAUACCUCUGGGUCAAGUACAACCCUCUGCAGUCUCUGAUCACUCACAUGGACUGGUUCCUGUUUGGGUCACCCAUUAAGCAGCUCUGCAAAGACGUCCCCUUGUAUAAGGGGGAAGUGGCUGGAGAGAUACUGAAUAAUGUCGGUGCUGGAUCCUGUGCAAAGGCUGGGCUCCUGGGCAUCUUUGGCAUUUCUGUCUGUGCAGACAUUCACAUUUAAGGCCUCAGCCCACUGGUUUCGUCCCUUCAAAGAACUACACCCUUGGUUUCUACUCAGCAGCCAAAUUAAAUUCUCUCUCAAUGGUCUAACUAAUUUUGAGAUUACAUGGUAAAACAUAAAUACUGUAUUUACAGAUA